GUUUGCGUAUGUGUAUGCCUGUGUGCGCGUGUGUGUGUUUAUUGCUGGUCAUUCCAGGGAAAAAAAAGAAUUUCGUGACAAAUCAUUGAAUCAGAAACUGUUGAGUUAAACUAGCACAAAACAAACAAAAACAAAAAAAAAUGAACUGCAGGAAAUAAUGUCUAGAAUUCUCCACUAAAGGGGGAGGAGGAAGAGGCGGAGAAAUACAAAAGCAAAGAAACACGGAAAUAAACGAAUUGAAAAAGAGACAAAUAUUUUGGGUGAGAAGAGACAGAAUGGAAAUUUAUGAUUUAAGUAAGAACAACGGUUAUACCGUUUAUAGUUGUUUAGGCAAGGAGAAGGACUGUGGGAAGAAUUCCGAAGAUCCUUCAAUCUUGAUCGAUCUUUGUCAUGCCAUUGAUGCCAACGAAUUCCAAAUGUCGCCCAAUAUGAAAUUAUCGAAUCGUGAAAAGAACUUAAUGUUUCUGUCGAGAGAUGUCGCGGAUGUUGAUAAGAUAAUGGGUAUGUGCAUGGAUGUGAAAGACUCGAUUCGUAUCCAAAUGAAUUCUGAACCUCCAGGAGAAUACCAACAUGCAUUUGAUCGAGGCUUGAACUCGGCACCGAGGAUAAGGGUUGAAAUACCAAGAACCAUCGAACGUUUGAAGAAAUAUAACGUUGCGAAUUUAAAAGGCAGAAAUAAUGAACGGAGAUAUUUUACCGAAGUUGUUGAUCCGUUCAAUAAACGAGAGGCGUUUAACGAAAGGGGUUUUAAUUACCCACAAUGUCAAGUAUUUGGUCACGGCCUAUACGACUUUUAUUAUCACCAUCUUUACCAUAAUCACUCUCAUUGUUCUUGUCAUAAACUCUCUAAUCCGCAUUGUCAUUUUCACGAAGCUGGCGCUCAUAAAGUGGGCCUUUCAUCUUGCAAAUCAAAAACGGUUGAAAAGCAAAUAAAAGCCGGUGGAAAAGAAGGGGAGGUCGAAACCGGAAGUAGAAAGAAACAUGACGACGAUUGGCAUCAGGAAAAAUCUUCCUUAAGAUGUCGCAAACAUGGCUUGAUGUCACAAACUAAAGCAAGGAAUUCCGUCUUUUGUCAGUCACCAAACAUGGAAGAUGAAAACUCGACGAAGAUACAAGAAAGCCGCAAACACCCAUCGUCUUCAGAGAAAUCCAUUUCUUUUGAGAAAAACCAAACAGAAUCAGAAAAUAGAGCUGAGAAAAUUCUUAACUUUAUUAAUUCUUGUCUUCCAUUAAUUGCAGCCAGACAAGAAGCUCUGGUCUUUAUUGCGUUUUGCUUUGUCGCCAUUUUACUGUUUUUGAUGAGAGCCACAUUAUGGAACUGUAAACAGGCAUAACUCACAUAAUGUAUCCAUACACAUACACACAUACUACAUACAUACAUACAUACAUACAUACAUACACACACACACACACA